AUGACUCAACCUCUCUCACUUCGUGCCGCCAGCUCACGCCACCCCGGAUCCUCUGUUGCCUCUAUUCAGAGGAUCGUGACGAGGCUAGAGACCGGAUUUACGCCUCAGCAAGUCGGCAGACCGCGGGUCCUCACAGACGAAGAAGAUGAAGCUAUCGUGGCCUUCGUCAUCUGGAUGGAGAGGUCCGGAUUUCCCGCCUCUAAGCCUGAGAUAGAAGAUGCCGCCACAACCCUCCGUCAGCGCAGGAACCCUGAUGCCGAUCCCGUCAGCAAGAUGUGGUAUGCUCGCUUCCGUGACAAUCAUCCUGAGCUUGAGCAGGCAUUCCUCAAAGCCGCAGAACAGUCUCGUGAGUCCUGGGAAGCCGGCGGUCUCGAUGACCUCAAACAGUGGUUCAAGAACCUUACUGAGACCAUCCGGAGUCAUAAUAUCAGCGCUUCUGAGUGCUGGAAUACUGACCAGGCCGGUAUUAGGAUCGGUAUCCUCAGGGAAAGCGUUAAAGUCCUCGUCGUACGGACAAGGCGAAGGACAAGGAAGCAGGUUCUCUCCCCUUCCAACCGGGAGACCUGUACCCUCAUCGGUACAGGCAGCGCGGCGGGUGAUACGAUGCCGCCGUGGCUUAUCUUCAAGACUUGGCCUACACUAGAUUGGGCGUAUAUAGAUGCCGAUCCUGAUAUCCGCUUCGCCCAGUCCGACACGGCCUUCUCCAACGGCGAGAUUACUCUCGAGUGGAUGAUACACUUCAACCGGUGUUCCUGGGCUAAGUCCGCUAAGGCACAGCGUACGGGACAGACAUUUGAGGAGUGGUUUGGGUGUGAUGAGUUCCUUAGAGAUCCUGUGCGAAAGCACGUUCAAUAUGAUAUUCCCCCUAUCUCUCACGCCGCUGAUACGACUAUCUGGAGACUCAUCGUCUUUGACGGCUUCACGGGACACGGAGUCUUCGCCGUUAGAGAGUAUUGUGCGAAGUUCUGUAUCAUCACAGCUCCCUUGCCUCCUCACUCUACGCAUGUACUACAGCCGAUGGAUGUUGGGGUCUUUCAGCCGCUGAAGAACGCCCACCAGAAGCUUCUCGGCAAGUGGCUUCGGAAGGGCAAUAUCUCCUUCUCCCGCACUGACUUCGUCCGCGGCUUUCAGGAAGUCUUCGAGGAAGGAUUCACGGCACAUAAUAUCAUCUCAGGCUUCGAGAAGUCAGGCAUCUAUCCACCAAAUCCUAAGCCGGCGAUAGCAUAUCUGGCCAAGAAGCAGCUUCAGGCGAAGCAGGCUGUUGACCCGGCCUUUGCCUCCCUCCUUCCUCAGGAAUCUCGCUUCCAGGCCGCCGCAGAUACCGCCAAACGACUCUCAGACCGCUACGGCGAUACCUUCAGCUCCCCCACGCGUGCCGGACUUCGUCAGAUACGUAAUGUCGUCACGGAAGCUGUGGUUCUUGAAUCUACAGUCACUGCUUAUGUCGAUGACCGCCGGGCUCGGAUUGAGAAGAGAUACAACGCCACGAAAAGAGGGAAGAGAGCGAAGCCGAUAGGAGAUUUUAGUCACAACAAGGAGGAGAAGGCACAGGUCCGGACCGCUCGCAGCCUCGUCAUCCAGGAGAUGAAGAAGAUCAAGGACCAAUGGCGGCAAGAGAAAGAGAUCACCGUCGACGGCGUGAAGAAGAAGGCAUCGUGGGCUCAGUGGUUAGAGCACACAGGGAAGGACAUUGAGUAUUAUUCUAUGGAGACACAACGCUCGACUAUGCAUCAGAUACUUACCCAAAAGCCUGACCCUUUCAUGAUAGAUACGCAACUGCCGCAGGAAGUCCACGAAGCUAUUCACAACGCUAGUUUUGCCCCGAAACCCCUCAGCGCGAUGGACUGGACCGCUCUCGCAGGAAGUGACGAUAGUAUCACUUUCCAGCUCGAACCGGCUCCUGCCGAGGAAGAUGAAGAUGACGAGGAACUCCUCUAUUCGAGCCUCUACUGCGGAUGCCCUCAUCGCCGCCGGUUACACCCUCACCGCCGCGGCUGCCGUCUUUGCCACCUGGACCCCCCUCCACGCCGUGCCCGAUACGGCCUCAACACCACAUAUCAGGAAUACAGAGGAUCACGGGCAUCAUCACACGAGCAAGGGCCGCACAAGAAGCCAGCCCGGAGGGCUAAAAAGACGCUCUCACAGCCAAAUUUAUAUGAGGAAUCGUCCAGGAAGGCGGCGGCCUUGGAGGCUUAG